AUGCAGAGGUCCCUAAAUACUAGCACUCUAAAGAUACUACGUCGUUCUUUAUUUGUUCGAUUCUUAUCAGCAACACCCAUAUGCCACUCUGUUUCAGCUCUCAAGAAAUGGCCGUUAAAAACACGGGCUACAAGUCAAAAAAAAAUCACCCUAGGACAGGGCCUUGUCCAAAAAAAAACUAAAAGCAAUUUUAAGAAUAAACCGACUCCAGUAUCAAAAAAUACGCGUGGUUUCAUUCCUGCAAAAUUCAGAUUAAUGAAAAUUGAAAGUGAUGUUAAAUUACCAAACAAAUUAAACAAAUCACGAGAACUAUCUGCAGAUACUAAAGAUACUAAACGUCAAACAAACAUAAGAACACAAGAAACGACGCUUACCGAACAACCGACGGAACUAAUAAAUUUAAAGAAAAGAUUUAAAUCAUCUAAAUCAGAAAUUUGUUUAACAGACUUAACAUUUGAAUCAUUAAAAUUACGUGAAGAAGUAUAUAAUGCAUUGAGACAGGGUGCAUUGAAAGAUGUUGAACCUUUCUUACCAACAGAAAUUCAAGCAUUAACAAUUCCUGAAAUUUUAAAAACGGACAAUGAGCAUAUAUUAUGUGCGGCAGAAACAGGAUCUGGAAAAACAUUGGCAUAUUUACUACCGAUUGUGAAUAAAUUAAAAGAUGAAGAAGCAAAUUCAACAGCCUAUACAAGAGAAGAUAUUAAUGCAGGAAUGCUUAAGAUCCCAAUUGAUGAAGAAAAACAACAAUACGUUGAUGUAUUUCAGAAGGAAUUAGAACAGGAAUUACAACUUAAAACAGUAGUAAAAUCAACGGCUAGGAGAUUCAAUCGUCCUCGAGCCAUUGUCCUCUUACCAUCAAGGGAACUUGUUGAUCAAAUAUUAUCAGUGGCAAAACUUAUGUCUCAUUAUGCAAAAUUUCGAGCAAUUGCAAUAACAUCUAAUAAGGAACGUAGAUUUAUCAAGAAAACUCUAGAGAUGCCGGUUGACAUUGUAAUUGCAACGCCAGCAGGACUUUUAGAAUACGUUGAACAGGGAUAUAUUAGUAUGGCAGAUACAAAAUACCUUGUUAUUGACGAAGCAGAUACGAUGUUUGGUAAAGGAUUUGGAGAAGAAGUUCAAAAGAUUGUUACCAAUAUGAAAAAUUCUGGAAAAAAUCAAAAAAGACCAUACCAAAUCAUUAUUGUAUCUGCAACAUUACCUAAAACAGUGAAUGAAAUGCUUAAUCAAGAAUUUCCUAAUAUUAAAAGCAUAACUAGUCAUUCACUUCAUAAAGUAUUACCUAAUCUUAAACAUAAUUUCAUUGAUAUGAAAGAUUAUAAUUAUAACAAGAGUGCAGCAAUUUUAGAAGUUUUAAAAAAACAUAAUACGAAUGAGCUUAGCACAAUGAUAUUUUGUAAUACUCGUGUGAGUGCUCAUGCAUUAGAAGCUUUUUUAAAAACGAAAAAACUUCCUGUAAUUGGACUAUUUGGAAAUAUAAAUGAACGUAACAAAAAACUUGAAGCAUUUCGUAACCAGGAACCUAAUGCAAAAAUUUUAGUUUGUACAGAUCUUGCUUCUAGAGGAAUUGAUACAACUUUUGUGAAUCAUGUAAUUCUUUAUGACUUUCCAACCACGGUUGUAAAUUUUUUACAUAGAGUGGGUAGAACUGCUAGAGCAGGUAGAAAAGGGGAUGCAACAUAUUUCUUGAGCUAA